CCUUCAUCCAAAUACACAGCCAAAAGAAAGGAGAGAAAAAAAAAAGGGAAAAGGAAAACCUAAACUCUGUCCUCCGAUCUCCCCUCGCCUCCGUAGAUCUCACUUCACCGGCGACCUCCCCACCUCCUCCGCCACCAUUUUCCGACUUCCAGUCACUGAGUCCUCAAACAGAAGCCAGCUCUCUACUCAAAUUUCAACUCAGUAGUCAAUUCCCCUGAGACACUCAAGCUUCCAGCUCCUCUCUACUCCCAAGUUCAAUUCCGUCGAAUCAAUGAAUGCAUCUCCGGACUGAGUCAGAUCGAUCGGAAAUGGCUUCGAUCCGCCGCACGCUCUCCCCGGCGCACCACGACCGUUCUCCCUUCCAGAACGGCAACGCCGCCUUCAACUCUACCUCCUCCCCGCUCUCCGUCUCCAGCAAUGCUAAUAAAUACUCUUCCUCCUUCUCCGCCGCGCCCUCCGCUUACCUCGGUCGACUCCUCGCCGCCGCCUUCCCCCACAGACGCAAAGGAGGCUUCGGUAGAUCCUUGUACAGGUGCUUGCUCUUCUUCGUUUUAGGUUGCGUGUUAGGUGUCUUCCCGUUUGGCCAGGUCGAUAACGAUAUCCACGGCCAGGAUUUCUCGUUCGAGAUCAAGCCGGCUCAUGUCAACGUCAGAUUGGACGAAGAUAUUGAUAAGAGGAGCAUCAUACUCGACGACGACUCCCCCAUUAAGACGGUCAAUUUGGGCCUUGAUGCUCAGGUUUCCGGAGAUGAUCCCUCCCGCUUCGAUUUUCUGCCGAGGAAGCAACUCAUCGUUGUCACUCCGACGUAUAACCGUGCCUCUCAGGGUUAUUUUUUGAGUAGGUUAGGCCAAGUCCUGCGAUUGGUGCGGCCUCCACUGUUGUGGAUUGUGGUCGAGAGCGAUGCUGCUUCCAUGGAGACUGCGGAGAUAUUGAGGAAAACUAGCGUCAUGUAUAGGCAUUUAGUGUGCACCAAGAACUUGACGAAUGUGAAGGAUAGAGGUGUUCACCAGAGGAAUGUAGCUCUUGAGCAUAUUGAGAGGCAUAAGCUAGAUGGGAUUGUUUACUUCGCCGAUGAUGAUAAUGUGUAUACCCUUGAAUUGUUCGAGAGGCUAAGAGAAAUCAGUCAUAUUCAACACUUUGCAUCUCAUUUCUAUGCACAGUUAAGCCGAUUUGGCACUUGGCCUGUGGCAAUGCUUGCGCAAAGUAAGAACAAAGCAAUCCUUGAAGGCCCAGUGUGCAACGAAACUCAGGUGAUCGGUUGGCAUACAAAUGAGAAAAGCAAACGACUCCGAAGAUUUCAUGUCGAUAUGUCGGGAUUUGCUUUCAACACAACCAUCUUGUGGGAUCCGAAGAGGUGGCAGCGUCCUUUUAAAAACCCGAUCAGGCAAUUAGAUUCAGUGAAGGAAGGGUUCCAGGAGACCACAUUCAUAGAGCAAGUGGUGGAGGACGAAAGCCAAAUGGAAUCGGUGCCUUCUGGUUGUUCAAAGAUACUUAACUGGCACCUCCAUUUAGAUUUCGGUGGUACCAAAUACCCGGAAGGCUGGCUUCUCCAAAAGAACCUCGAUGUCAUUCUCCCAAUCUAAGGGGACAGAGUUCUGGACAUGCAGUUUUGAUGCCCAAAUAGCUUCUCUUGUCUCCUUUUUGGGUGCAGAUAUCCCUUGUUCAAGCGAGGAGGGAGUUGCUCUUCUGUCGACCUCUUUUCAGUACUUGUCAGUGUUGAAUAUAUAGCAGGGCUGGGCAGGGCAUCCAUCUUAAAGGGAGGGGAUCCUCAGCUUCUUGUGUCAAAAAAAGAACAAAUACAAGAGCAUAGAGACUGGAGAGAGUUUUAUUUUUUGGGUUAGCAGAAAUUUUGCAUUUGUUGGCGUUUGGGACUAUUUUUUCUCCAUUGGUUUGAAGCUUUGGGGCACCUCUGCCCUCCAGGCGUUGUCAGAGUAAGAAUUGUACUUCAGGUCAGGAUUCGUGUACGCUGACAUGUGGCCUUUCUGCAGGCCUCUCCUUCUUCCUCCUCCUCGGGAAGAAAGGUUUGGAAUUAGCUCUUGUCCUGGUCGUGGAACCUCAAUACUUCAUCCCAUCUCCUCGUACCAGUUGCAAACUUAUUUGUCUGCGAACUUGUGUUCUAUAUUGUUGGCCAAUUUUUCGGCCUUUUUCUAUCUUGCAUCGCUCUCUCAGCCGUAUAGUUGUCAUGUCAUGUCGUUACUGGAGCUGUAUGGUGAACCGGGGACAAAUUAUACAACGAUGCAACAGAACAAAUUAGUCCAAUUUAUUUCCUACAGAUUGCAGUUCUGGUCUCGAUUUGGCAGGAAGAUUAACUUGGACGAAUCAGCGGCCUCAAGGCCAAUUUCUCUAUUUGAGCCACCGAUUCUAGAUGUCCAUAGGGAACAUCGUUUCAAUCGAUGACAACCCAGAAAUCAGUUCCUAUGACCGGCUAGUUACCUUAGUUUCAUAGGUUGGCAAACCCUAGAGGUUUUUUGAUGGUGUAACAAAUGAUGCUUGGUUUAUAUAUGCUGAUUUGAC